UCAAGAGUUUCGGCAUAGGCGAAGAUACGUACAUGCCCCGAGUGGUAUUCUGCCCUGAUUACAAGAUAAAUCUGAAAGACGGAAGAGAAGAGGCAGCUAUGGUGAUGUUCGGGGCCAUAAAUGACCUUUUCGGAGCCACCAAAGUCCGGCCAAAGGACAUUAGGAUCCUCGUGGUGAACUGUGGAGUUCUGAAUACGACUCCAUCGCUGUCAUCCAUGGUGAUAAACCAUUUCAAGCUAAGGCCUAACGUACAGAGCUCCAACCUUGGUGGAAUGGGUUGUGCUGCAGGAAUCGUAGCCCUUGAUCUUGGCAAAGACCUUUUAAAUGCUUAUCCUGGCUCAUAUGCACUGGUGGUCAGCACGGAGGCUGUGUGCUAUACAUGGUACGAAGGCAAUGAUUUCGAUCUGCUCCUUUCUAAUUGCUUCUUUCGAAUGGGGGCUGCCGCCAUGCUGCUCUCUAGCUCCCAUCUCGAUCGAUGGCAUGCCAAAUAUGAACUCACACAGUAUACACACACACACCUGGUUCGAACUCACAGAGGCAUGGAUGAGAGGAGCUUCAACAGCAUACAUUUGAAGGAAGAUGCAAAGGCCACACAAGGAGUGUCAAUGAGCAAAGACGUGAUUCAAGUUGGCGGCCACGCACACAAGGCCAACAUCACCACUAUCAGCCCCCUCGUUCUCCCCGUCAGCGAACAAUUCCAUUUCCUCACCAAUUUGCUCUUCAGGGAGAAGAAAACUAAUUACAAGCCCUACAUUCCUGAUUACAAGCUUGCCUUCGAGCACGUGUGAAUAUUGGCAACUAGCUAGAAGGUGCUCGACGAAAUACAGAAGAACCUAGAGCUUACGGAGGACUACAUGGAGGCAUCCAGGAAAACCCUGGAGCGAUUUGGAGACACUUCUAGUAGUAGUGUUUGGUACGAACUCGCUUACUUAGAGGCAACUUCAAAGAUCAAGAGGGGUGGUCGGAUUUGGCAGCUCACCUUCGGCUCAGGGUUCAAGUGUAACAGCGUCGUUUGGAAGGCUCUUAAGAAUGUUGGGACACCCAAGCAGAGUCCAUGGUUUGACGAGUUGGAUUUAACUCUUAUGCAUGGCAGCAAGAUUACAAAGAGGACAAAAUGA